AUGGUAGAGGAAGAAAUUAUUGUGGGCUUUGACGAGAAGGCAUUGAAUAUAAAAAAAAAAAUAGAUAUGUUAUUGGACAUUUUACAUUUUAUUAAUGUCCUCUUUACCGAUGAAGAUAAAAACAUGAACAAUGAGAAGCUAGGAGAAAAGUUAUAUAGACACUUUAAGGGGAAGAGAUACCUCAUUGUCAUUGAUGAUUUAUGGGAUAUUGGUGCCUGGGUUGAUCUUAAAGUGUAUUUACCCAAUGACCACAAUGGAAGUAGAGUUAUAUUCACUAGUCGCGUCAAAGCGAUGGCUAUGCAUGCGUCACCUAAUUGCCAUCCUCAUUGUCAGUAUUUUCUAACUGAAGAAGAAAGCUGGGAGUUAUUACAACGAAAGGUGUUUCAAAAUGGAAGUUGCCCUGCAUAA